AUGGAGCAAAUCCUACGUCGAGAGCUCAAGACAUGGCAGAAAUCAUUCAAGGCAAAGCACGGACGCGAUCCUACAAAACGUGACAUUCUCGCCGACCCCGCCAUCGCUGGAACUUACGAUACGUGGCAGGCCGUUGGAGGUGAUGCAAAGGCCAAAUCCAAACCUCGGUCUUCGGGUGCUUCGAGCACCGCCUCCAGCUCGAAGCAGAAACUAGACGAGAAUGCCAGAGAGGAGGUCUUCAAGACGCCUUCCAAGAAACGACCGUCCAGCAGACCAGGUGCAAGCUCUACGAGACUGACGGGAUCGCCGUCGAAGAACCCGUUCCGAACACCCACGAAGUCUCAGCGAGCAGUAGCGGCAUCAGCCGUAACACCAGGGAAAAGCCGGAACCCCUUCGCAUCGCCAACCAAACCUCCCUCGCCAGAAGUCAGUCCAGCUCGAUCCCUGAUCGAAGUCGAAAUGACGCCCACAAAACGUUCGCCCCUCCUCGACACAUUUUCACGCCGGAACAACUUCACACCGACCAAGCCAUCUCUGUCCCACCAACAUCAGCAGUAUGUCGCAUCCUCGCCAUCGAAGCUGCGUACGACCCUCGAGGCGUCGAUCUCUGCACGAAGGACCCCCACGAAGACCGCCAAAUCGCGUGCUGUGGAUGGCGAUGCAGCACUAAACGCUGCACUGGUAGCCUACACGCCGAGAACCAAGGCGAGGAAGCGGCUGCGUGGCGAGGAUGUACCGCCGACACCCGUGGCGACGCGGCGGGUCGUGUCCGCGGGGAAUCUGGUAGCGAAGACGGAACCGAGACCGGUGCAGAGGGGAUUGGGAGCGUUUGGGUUUGCGAGCGGUCGCAAGGUGAGCGCUCCCAGCUCUGCGGGUGUUUUCAGUCGUGCGCGUAGCGUUGUACAGACGAGGGCGGAGGAGGACGAGGAAGAUGUGGACAUGCACGACGAAUCGCCUGUCAAAGCGGUGCGUCAGCUGCGUCGUGCAGCGUCUGGGUUCAGACCGCUUUUCGCUUCGCCGGGUGGGAAUCAUGCGCCGCAGGACGUGAUCGGUGUUCCCCCUGCCGCUGCUCGAAGGGGCGAUGGUCGAAAGGAGGCGGAGGACGAUGCGGAUGCGGUCAUGGAUGACGAUAGGGUGUCGCCGGUGGGUGGACUAUUUGCUACGCAGGUGGCGCAACGUCGACGCGCGCGCGAGUCAGAGUCCCCUGUCAAAGCGGUGGCGGGUACAGAUGUCGUCAAGAAGCACAAGAUUCGUCCAGCGUUACAGCUCCCCUCGUCGAGCGAUGUUGAUGACGACGACGUUUCGCUACAGAGGGGUGCAUACGCCUCUUCCAGCCCAGCACCCUACCGUCGCAGCACCGGUGCAUCUUCUUCACCGCACACCGACCUCACUAUCCCCAGCAGCACGGCUCGCCCUUCCUCCGCCGACCACUCGUUCCUCUCGAAGAAUCGCAAGUCGAACACAGCGAGCAGCAGUCCCACGCACUCCCAUGACCUCCCCCCUCCACCUGCUGCACGGAGCGCAACUGACUCUUGGAGAAAAGUCCACUCGGUCGAGCUAUCCGACUCGGAAGAUCCUCUUCCGCAACCGGGUCACGUCAAAACCCUCACCAUCACACCCUACCAACGCUAUGGUACCUAUACCGCAUCGUCGCCCUUUACAGCGUUUGACGAAGACGACACGUCCUACACACUUCCUCACCCACACCGGGACAUCAGUACAUCCCCCAGCCUCUCGGACGACUCACCUCCCUCCUUCGCAGGUCUCAAACUUUCCCCUGUCCACCUCCCCCGUCGUCACAUCAACCACCACCUGCUCAAUUCGAUCUUCGACCCAACCACCACUACCAAACACACGUUCAAUCCAGAAGCUAGAUCCGGUCCACUACAACCUUCCGCUUCAAGCGAUGACGAGUCAAACCCCCUUCAUCUCAAUCACAUUUCCAGCAACGAUCACUCAGACUCCGACGACGAUUGGCAUCAAGAGGUCGAUCAGGACUUUACCUUUAUCGACUCGGAAAUCGAUCUUCAGGACGUCGCUUAG